AUGGAGGUUGUUGUGGUUGUAUUUGAGGUUGUUGUGUUUGAAACUGAGGGAAGUAAAAACGAUGAAGAUUUUGAGAAGAUGGUGUUGGUGGUGGUGGUUGAUAUGAAGAAGAAGAAGGUAAAGAAGGUGGUUGUUGAGGUUGUGGUGAUGAUAAUGGUGGAAAAAGCUGUUGUUACGGGUGAGGAUCAGAGAGAAUUUGAAGUUCCCUUUUUGGUAUCUGAUACCAUAGAAGCGUAUAAAGAAUUUGGUGAUGUUGUUAGUUUUGAUACUACUUACUUGACCAACAAAUAUAACAUGCCUUUUGCUCUUUUUGUCGGCGUGAAUCAUCAUGGACAGUCUAUAUUACUUGGUUGUGGGUUGCUAUCAGAUGAACGAGGGGAAACUUUUGUAUGGUUAUUUAAUGAUUGGCUGAAAUGCAUGGCUGGGUGUCCUCCUCGAGCAGUCAUCACUGACCAAGCUAAGGCAAUGCAAAAUACAAUUAGAAUUGGUUUUCCUGCUGCCAGACAUAGAUGGUGUAUAUGGCACGUUAUGAGUAAAGUGCCAGAGAAGUUUGGCAUGUACUCCAAAAGGGAGAAAAUAAUAUUUACGCUGCAAGAAUUGAUAUAUGAUACACAAACUCCAGCUGAGUUUGAAACACGUUGGCAGAAGAUGUUGCAAAAGUAUUCCUUGGGGACCAACAAAUGGUUAAGUGAUCUAUAUGAUGAGAAAGAAAGAUGGAUACCAUGUUUUCUGAACGACACAUUUUGGGCUGGUAUGUCGUCGACCCAACGGAGUGAAGGCAUGAACGCUUUUUUCGAUAGUUUUCUCCUGCCGAAAACAUCUUUGAAACAAUUUGUUGAGCAGUUUGAACAAGCACUGAUGAAAAAAGUGGAAAAAGAGUUGGUUGCAGAUGCCGAGUCAGUGAAGUAUAUUAAGACUUUUACGAAAAAUCCAUUUGAGGAACAACUUCAGCAGUUGUACACUAACGAUAAAUACAUGGAGUUCUCAAAUGAAAUAAAGGAAUCUGUUAGUUGCAAUAUACUUAGCGUGGAUAAUAGUCACGAGAUAUCUGAAUAUGUUAUUCGAGAGGAUAUUUGGGUAACUGAUUAA